AUGAUGGGCGUCAAGCGUACUAUGACCGCUAUAAGGAAGCUCCAGCAAGCCAUAGAAAUAAAGGAAAUCAGUUCGAACUUUUUCCAGUUCAUAUUUGCAUCGCAGGAUGAUAAAAAGAAGGUGCUAAAUGUUCCUCUAAAUUGGAUGAGUACGGAAGUAGGGAUACGUAUUGGGAAGAUUUUCAAUGGUGUUAAGAACGUGGUUAUAUGUAAAAUAGUGGGGGAACAAGGAAGCUUCAUCAAACUCUUGGUGGCUCUCAGCCUAAAAGAACCAAUUCCCAGGUGUACGUCUGUGAAACUUGGAGACCAGCGGGUUUUGGUAGCCUUUAGAUUUGAACGACUUGUUAACCUCUGUUACUACUGUAGAAGGAUUGGGCAUUUGGAUAGGGGUUGUGGACGUCAAUACGGGGAAUGGCUCAAAGCAUUAGAAACCUAUCCAGGAGGCCGAUUUAACUAUGCUAGUAGUUCUGGUGAGAAAGGUAGUCAUCCAAACAAUCAUAAGGGGGUUCAGCUGCAGAAGGAACAAAAGGUCACUCUGAUAGAGGAGCAAGGCAGUGAUGUUAUGGCAGAUAGCCAGAUUGGAGGGGAGGAAAGGAAACUGGAUAUAGUUGCUGCUAAAGAUUAUUCUCCCAUGGCUGACACACUGAAGGUAGUUGAUAAUUUAGCUGAGAAAUCAAUAGAAGUAGAGGAUACAGAAAAUUUCAUAGUAGCUAAAGCUGGGUUACAGCUAAGGGCCACUCAACAUGGUGGAACCAAGAGGAGAUCAUCAUGGAAAAGGAAAGCAACUCAAGAGGGGAGGCUAGUGAGGAUGUCUGAGCUGCACCUAAGGGAUCCUUCUAGUCUGGUUGAUAUUAAGCAUGAAAAGGCAGGUUCUUCAUCAAAGAGGUACAGAGAACUUGUUAUAUGUUCUGAGGGGAAGACAGAUAAAGAGGAGGAAACACUUGAGAAAAGAAAGAAAAUUACCUGUGUGGAAAGUGAGGUGGAGAAGGCCAGCCUAAAAUGGCCCCAAGUGGGAUUGCUGUUUAUGUGGGAUUUGGAGAUUGUGGUCAGGAAGAUUCUGGGCAAUGAAUUCUGCAUUCAAAUGGAAGUGAAAGGGGAGGAUUUAGAGAUUGGGGGUAAUAAACAGCAUUGGGGUAGUUCUUGGCUUAUUGUUGGGGACUGGAAUGAUAUAAUUAGCAACGAGGAAAAACGGGGAGGCAACAUGAGGUUGGAAUCAAGCUUUAUUGGUUUCAUUGAAGAUAUGGAAAUGAAGGAAGUGGAUCAGAAGGGUGCUUUUUUCACUUGGGGCAACAAUAGAUUCAAUGAUGGAUAUGUGGAGGAGCGGCUCGAUAAGGUUUUUAUCUCAUGGGAAAGGCGGAAAAGGUUUAUCUUUGAUAAAUCAUGGCUGAAAAUGGAGGGGGUACAUGAAGCUGUUCAAGAGGGAUGGCAGGUUACAGUGGCUGGUUCUCAGAUGUACCAGCCUAUCCACAAGAACAGUGAGCAAAUUAUCAAACAUAUUAGUCCUAUGAUGAAGGAAAUGAGGAAAGAAGGCCAAGAGAUGGACUUGGAGGAAGGGGAGUCUAUGGUUGCACGUAUGUCAGAAUUCUAUUCAUCAUUGUUUGCUUCAAAAGGUUCUAGUGGUGGGUCAGAAUUUCUGCAGCAUAUUUCUCCAUCCAUUUAUGAGAACAUGAAUCAAGAGUUGAUUGAACCUGUAGAAAAAGAGGAAAUAAAAGCAGUGUUGUAUAAAAUGGAUUCAGACAAAGCCCCGGGAGAGGAUGUUUGUCUUGACUCCUGUGUUAGCCUUUCUCAAACUGCAUUUGUGCCUGGGAGGAACUUGCUUGACAAUGUGGUUAUUGCCCAUAAAGUGUUUCAUUUCCUUCAUAGGCACAGAUCAGGGUCAAAUGUUUUUAUGGCAGUAAAGCUUGACAUGGAGAAACCAUAUGACAGACUGCAUUUCCUCCCCUACAUUUCUUUCAAUCUGAAUGGUUCUAAUUGUGGGUUUGUGAGAGCUUCCAGAGGCCUCAGACAGGUUGUUAAAAGAUCCUCCAAGUACCUUGGCCUACCUUUGGGUAUAGGUGCCUCUAAGAAGGAUGCUUUUCAGUAUGUUGUUGACUCUGUGAGCAGCAGGAUUGGUAGCUGGAAAAAUAACUUCCUCUCUACAGCUGGUAAGGAAGUAUUAAUUAAAUCUGUGUUGCAAGCUCUUCCAGUGUUUGUGAUGUCUUGCUUCUUGUUACCUACCAACAGUUUACACUGGAUGUCCUGGGAUAGACUGUCUACACCAAAAAGUGAAGGAGGGCUGGGGUUCCAUGAUCUUAAGGAAUUCAACAAAGCUCUUAUCCUCAAAAAAUUAUGGAGGAUGAUUUCCAGCCCUGAUUUGUUGGUAUGCAAAGUGCUUAAAAGUAAGUAUUAUCCUCAGAGUUAUAUCUUUGAUUGGCUGAAGUCUAGUGGAGACUCCUGGCUUUGGAAAUCUGGGUCUUCUCUGCUACCAGCCUUACAGUCCCAAAUGAGUAUUCUGAUUAGAAAUGGUGCUUUCACUAAGUUAUCUGAUUACAACUGGAUUCCUGGGUUGAUGAAGAAGAAACCAGAACUUAAGCUGCAGAUUGAUGGGUAUAUGUUUUGGGUGAAGGAUCUAUUGUGUGCAGGUGGCAGCAGCUGGGAUGUCAACUUAGUCCAAGCCCAAAUUACUGCUGCGGAUGCCGACAAAAUACUGCAGAUCAGACACUUGAAUCCUAGGGCUGAAGAUAUCUGGAAAUACUCAUUUGUCAUAAAAGGAAAAUUCUCAAUUAAGAAGGCCUAUGCUGAUCUGAUUGCCCAAAAGGUGAGGAGUAUAGUAGUGGCAGAAAGUAGUCUGAUGGCAGGUGGCAAUAAAAAAGCAAGGAAUAGAUGUUGGGACCUGAAGGUGAUGGGCAAAGUAAAACAUUUUAUUUGGCAAUGCUUCUCUAACCUACUUCUUGUGCAAUGCAAUUUGAAAGCUAUGGGUAUGGAUAUUGACAUUAAGUUUGCUCCUGUCCAAUGGAACAAAAUCCACCAGGAUAAACUCAGUGUUAAGGAAUGGUGGUGGUGGAUUUGUACCAUGAGCUCCAAGGAUACACCAGAGGAUAGGAUCCAGUUGUCAACCUACAUACUUUGGUGGCUGUGGAAAGCCAGGAACAUCUGGAUGUUUGAGAAACAAUGGAUGCCUAGUGAGUGGCUUACAACUCAAGAGAUUAGAGUGGAAGGAAGGGGACUAACUAGGUCUCGUGCUAGUGGUUUGUUUUCUUCCUUGUGCUUUGAGUUUGUUUAUGAGUUGUAUUAUGUUCUGUCAGUUCAUUUCCAGUGA